AUGCUCAGUGCCAAAGAUGAAUCAAAAGCUUUCGUGUGCCACAAUGCAGUGUGUGGGAAGCAAUACAAAAAUAUCAACGGAUUACAAUACCAUUACCAGCACACGGGGCCGCAUGGCCGGACGGGUCUCCACCUGCUCUCCCUCGGCCACCACCCCUCCGGCCCCGCCCUCAACCUCUCCUCUCUCGUCGGCACCAACAACCACCCUCAUCGCCACCCUCUGCUCACCAGCAGCACCGCCAGUAGCUGCAUCAGCAGCAGCCAGGACGGCGGGACCGUCAACGGCCUCGCUUCCACCGACUCCAUGGACGAUUAA